AUGGGUCGUCUAGCCGAGAUGCAGAGGAAGCUCCUUGAGCAAAUGAUGGGUCCCGAAGCAAUGGGCGUGUCCAACGCGAACCUGCACUGGUCGGACGAAAAAGUGUGCAGGAACUUCCUUUGUGGUACCUGCCCGCAUACCUUGUUCACCAACACAAAAAUGGACCUCGGUGCUUGCCCCAAAUCGCACACCGAACGGCUCAAAACCGAGUUCCUGGCCGCUCGAGAAGCCAGUCCCAGUGACACCAUCUUCGCGCGCUUCCAAACGGAGUAUGAGUCCAACAUCUUUGCUUUCGUCGACGAGUGUGACAGGAGAAUUCGCACUGCGCACCGGAGGUUGGAGAAGACUCCAGAGGAGAACGCGAAGACGACCAACUUGAUGAGGGAAAUUGCGGAAAUUGAGCUCGCCAUUCAAGGUGGCACUGAGAAGAUCGAGACAUUGGGAGAGCAGGGCAAGGUGGACGAGUCCAUGCGGGAGAUGCAAGCAAUUGAAGCUUUGAAGAGCGAGAAAGCGGACAAGGAGCGCGAGCUUCAACAAUUGACAGACACCUCGGGAGCUUCUGGACAUCAGAGGCUGCGUGUAUGUGACGUGUGCGGCGCGUAUCUGUCAGUACUCGAUUCGGAUCGUCGUCUGGCGGACCACUUCGGUGGCAAGAUGCAUCUCGGUUACCACGAGCUGCGUAACAUGUUGAUCAAGUUCAAGGAAGACCGGGACAAGCGCAAGAUGGGUCCACCGUCCAGUGUACCAUCGGGUGCCCCUCCGUCUGGUGCUCCGCCUCGUGGGGGUGACCGUGACUCGUUCCGGUCCUCCCGUGAUGACUACCGUGAGCGCGACCGGGGUUAUGAGAGUCGACACUCUUCACGGUAUGAGUGGGUUCAGUCUACUUCAGACGGUCUAUGCCUUUCGGCUGACAUUGGAUUCAGUGACAGGAAGAGGGAACGGUCGCGGUCACCUGGUCGUCGCUCCAGGUACUAA